AUGGGGAAGCGCAUCAAGGAGCUACCAAGAGCAAGAGCAAGUCCCCAAGCCGUGACUCCACUCACACUCCUCCGAUACACCUUCGGUUCCUAUCAUGACGACGACGUAGUCGAGGACUCCGAAAACGAUGAAGAGGGCAACUCAAAGUUCCAAACCGCAGGAAACCUCAACCAGGAAGAGGAAAGGCCUCGAAGUCACCUCAAGCGAGCACAAAGGGUGAUUCCACAUCAUCCUCCUCCUCAGAAUCUUUCUGAGAGGUAUUCGGAGCUUAUGGCGAAGGAGGGACCGGAGGUGAUGAUCGGAGAUGGACCAGAAGGAGAUCGGAGUAAUCGGAUGGCAAAACAAGCAAGACGGAACAGAGCCUUGAGCAAAAGGAAACAGAGUGCUUGA